AUGAGCAAACUGUCGUUCCGGGCCCGGGCGCUGGACGCGUCCAAGCCGCUGCCCGUCUUCCGCUGCGAGGACCUGCCCGACUUGGCUGAAUAUGCUUCCAUUAACCGGGCCGUGCCGCAGAUGCCCACGGGCAUGGAGAAGGAAGAGGAGUCGGAACAUCAUCUCCAGCGAGCUAUCUCAGCACAACAAGUAUAUGGAGAGAAGAGGGAUAACAUGGUUAUACCGGUCCCAGAAGCAGAAAGUAAUAUUGCAUACUAUGAAUCUAUAUAUCCUGGAGAAUUUAAAAUGCCAAAGCAGCUGAUUCACAUACAGCCUUUUAGUUUGGAUGCUGAGCAGCCGGAUUAUGACUUGGAUUCAGAAGAUGAGAUCUUUGUGAAUAAGUUGAAGAAAAGAAUGGACAUCUCUCCUUUGCAAUUUGAGGAGAUGAUAGACAGACUAGAAAAGGGCAGCGGGCAGCAGCCAGUCAGCCUGCAAGAGGCCAAGCUGUUGCUGAAAGAAGAUGAUGAAUUGAUCAGAGAAGUGUAUGAGUACUGGAUUAGAAAGAGGAAAAACUGUCGAGGUCCCUCUCUUAUCCCAGCAGUGAAACAGGAGAAGAGAGAUGGUUCCAGCACAAAUGACCCUUAUGUUGCUUUUAGAAGACGAACAGAAAAGAUGCAGACACGAAAAAAUCGAAAAAAUGAUGAAGCAUCUUAUGAGAAGAUGCUUAAGCUGCGUCGAGAUCUGAGUCGUGCAGUAACCAUCCUGGAGAUGAUAAAGAGGAGGGAAAAAAGCAAGAGAGAGUUGCUGCAUUUAACACUGGAAAUCAUGGAAAAGAGGUAUAAUUUGGGUGACUACAGUGGAGAGAUUGUGUCUGAGGUCAUGGCACAGCGGCAGCCGAUGAAACCUACCUAUGCUAUUCCCAUCAUUCCUGUGACUAACAGCAGUCCUUUUAAACACCAAGAAGCUAUGGAACUUAAGGAAUUUAAAGUUAAACAAGAUAAACCUGAUGUUAUUAGACCCAAAAGAAAGUACGAGAAGAAGCCAAAAGUCUUACCUUCGUCUGCUGCUGCUGCUCCUCAACAGACAGGUCCUGCUGCACUGCCCGUCUUCAAUGCUAAAGAUUUGAAUCAGUAUGAUUUUCCUAGCUCAGAUGAUGAACCUUUCUCCCAGGUUUUGUCUGGUUCUUCGGAGGCUGAGGAAGAAAAUGAUCCUGACGGUCCCUUCGCCUUCCGUAGGAAAGCAGGCUGUCAGUACUAUGCUCCUCAUUUAGACCAACCUGGCAACUGGCCAUGGAGCAGCCCUAAGGAAGGAAGAGUAGGAGAUGUGCGUUACAGAUACUGCUUAACAACCCUCACUGUACCCCAGCGGUGUAUUGGGUUUGCACGAAGACGGGUCGGCCGUGGUGGAAGGGUGCUGCUAGACAGAGCGCAUACGGACUACGAUAACACAUUUCAUCAGCUGGAUUUGGAAAUGUUUUCCUCAUCACAACACUCUUCAAUCAGUCAAUUUGCCAAUACCUCAGAAACAAAUACCUCGGACAAAUCUUUCUCGAAAGACCUCAGUCAGAUACUAGUCAAUAUCAAAUCAUGUCGAUGGCGGCACUUUAGGCCUCGGACACCAUCGCUACAUGACAGUGACAAUGAUGAACUCUCCUGUAGGAAAUUAUACAGGGGUAUAAAUCGAACAGGCACAGCACAACCCGGGACCCAGACAUGCAGUACCUCUAUACAAAGUAAAAGUAGCAGUGGUUCAGCACAUUUUGAAAGUGAAACAUCUUUGGGCCUGGUGCAUCAAAUGCUAAAUCACACUGAUGGCUCUAAGUCUCUCCAAUCUUCUGAAUUCACUGCAUUUACAGCCGAACAAUACCAGCAGCAUCAACAGCAACUGGCACUAAUGCAGAAACAGCAGCUUGCACAAAUUCAUCAACAGCAAGCAAAUAAUAAUUCCUCUGCCAACACAUCACAGAACCUUGAAACUAACCAACAGGAAAGUGGCUUUCGCCUGAAUCUACAUCAUAGCCAUUCUGUAAAGUGUUUAGAAGGGACACUGCAGGGUUUUGUUUCCAAGACACUGGAUUCUGUUAGUGCUCAAUUUGCUGCUUCAGCUUUGGUUACAUCAGAACAACUGAUGGGAUUCAAAAUGAAGGAUGAUGUGGUGCUUGGAAUUGGGGUGAAUGGCAUUCUUCAAGCCUCAGGAGUGUACAAGGGCUUACACCUCAGUAGUACUACACCUACAGCACUUGUCCAUACAAGUUCAUCACCAACAGCAGGUUCAGCCUUGUUACAGCCUUCAAAUAUAACACAGACUUCAAGUUCCCACAGUGCACUGAGUCACCAAGUAACUGCUGCCAAUUCUGCAACAACUCAGGUCCUGAUUGGGAACAACAUUCGAUUAACUGUACCCUCAUCAGUUGCCACUGUAAACUCUAUAACCACACUCAAUGCACGACAUAUACCUAGGACUUUAAGUGCUGUUCCAUCGUCUGCCUUAAAGCUGGCUGCAGCAACAAAUUGUCAGGUGCCCAAGGUCCCAGCUUCAUCCUCGGUGGAUGCAGUACCAAGGGAGAACCACGAAGCGGAGAAGCCAGCACUGAACAAUAUAGCGGACAACACAGUAGCAAUGGAGGUGACGUAGUUUCCACGGGAGGGGACUGCAGCCUUGGGGACUCGUUUAGGUGCUAUGCAUCAGUAGCAUUUUGAAUGCAAGGGAUGAUGGAAUGCCGCACAUUGCGUUUCCAUGGCAGCUGUGGGGGACUUGACAGCAAUGCACAUCUCUCAUGCUUUGGUUUUUCUUUUCUUACUGUUAAUAGGAAAGAAUCAACAUCUGUAAAUGAACAAUACAGCAAUUAUCUGUACAGUACUGCAUAUUUGUAAUACCCUUGUAUAUAUGUUACUUGAAUACAAAACUGUUCAUUUGUGAUGCUUUGCACUUG